AUGGGUGGUUGGGCUAUUGCUGUGCACGGUGGAGCGGGCGUCGACCCGGAUCUACCUCUGGAGCGCCAAGAACAAGCCAAGAAGCUCCUCACUCGCUGCCUCAAUCUCGGAGCCUCUGCUCUGCGUGCUGAUCUUGCUGCCAUUGAUGUUGCUGAACUUGUUGUUAGGGAAUUGGAAAAUGAUCCGUUCUUCAAUUCCGGGCGCGGAUCCGCCCUGAAUGAAAAUGGCAGGGUUGAGAUGGAAGCCAGCAUUAUGGAUGGAUCUGGAAGACGAUGCGGCGCCGUAUCGGGUUUGAGCACCGUCAAGAACCCGAUCUCGCUCGCCCGACUCGUGAUGGAUAAGUCCCCUCAUUCCUACCUAGCCUUCUCCGGAGCCGAAAGCUUCGCCAGGCAACAGGGCGUUGAGCUUGUGGACAAUGACUAUUUCAUCACGGAGGAAAAUGUGGGCAUGCUCAAGAUGGCCAAGGAAGCCAACACCAUCUUGUUUGAUUACAGGGUACCACUUGGGAUGGGGAGCCCGAUACAGAUGAUGAACGGGCUCCCCAUAAGCGUGUAUGCACCCGAGACAGUUGGAUGCGUUGUCGUGGACAGCCGUGGCCGCUGUGCCGCGGCUACCUCGACCGGUGGGCUCAUGAACAAAAUGACAGGUCGCAUUGGGGACUCGCCACUCAUUGGGGCUGGUACCUAUGCUUGUGACCUCUGUGGAGUGUCUUGCACAGGAGAAGGAGAGGCCAUCAUCCGUGGGACACUGGCGCGUGAAGUUGGUGCUGUUAUGGAGUACAAGGGUUUAGGCCUGGAGGAGGCUGUGGACUUUGUGAUCAAGAACAGGCUCGAUGAAGGAAAGGCCGGACUCAUUGCUGUGUCCAACAAAGGAGAAGUGGCUUGUGGGUUUAACUGUUGUGGAAUGUUUAGGGGGAGUGCAACCGAGGAUGGGUUCAUGGAGGUUGGGAUUUGGGAUCAAUAG